AUGGCCCAAGCUUGUUUAACCCAAUAUUUUACACCAAAACGAUCAAGACGUUCUUCAACAAUUCUCGCUAAUGGUGAACCAUUAAAAUCGCAAAAACGAAAAUUGAAAUUUGAUGAUGAAAACGACGAGAAUGUUUGUACAUUUUCUACUAAUUCAAAUAAAAAACGUCGAAUUAGUCCAUCACAACCAACAGCUGGUUAUUUACAAGGAUGUGAUUUAGAUCAGAUUGAUAAAUUACCAUUAUCAAGAAAAAAUAAAAAUGAUGUUGGUGAAGAUCAGAUUAAAGUUAAAACGUUCGAACGUCAAAAACAACAUUUAAUAAAGCUGGCCGACAUGAAUGAGAUACGUAAACAUCUUAAAGUUGUUCGCAGUCAUAUUGAAGAGGUUAAACAGUGUCAACAAACUGCGACACAACCAAGAGAAAGUGAAGAUAAAAUUCAAAAGAAAUUAGUUCCAGCUCAUGAACGUUUUGCUCAUCUUCUGGUUGAAAAGCCUAUUGUAAAUGAAUCAGGAUCGACGCCAAACAAAAAAAUUGCUUCACCUGCUGACAUUCGUCGAUGUGUUCAAAUAACAGAAAGUGAACGAUUAAAAAAAGUUUUAUCAAAAGUGGAUCAAUCGAUUCUCGAAAGUUUACCGGCAACACCAUCGAAACGAAUCGUUGGUAUUAAUGAACGUUUACUGGAACAAAUACGUUUGAAAGAAGAAUCUCGAGCUCAAUUGAUUUCUCUUGAAAAUACUGGAAUUGUUAAAAAAGAAGAACAACGUUCAAAAACAUAUGAUAUGUUUAAUCAUAUGCGAGAAUCUAUGGAUAUUAUAGAUCAAUUGUUUACAACAGAACGUCAAGUUGCUUUAGAAUGUGAUCGAGUCAAUCAAAAACUAAGUGAAUUACAUUCAGCUCGAUAUAAUCAAGAUCAAGCAUUGGAAAUGAUAGAUUUUAUUUUGAAAUCUAUGGAAGAAUGUGCACCUGGUUAUUUCCUAAAAUUGAAAUUACGAAAUAAACAAUAUCUCAAAAUCAAUCGAGUUAAAAUGACAAAAGCUAUUUUAACUGAUUAUUUGGAAAAAAAAUUGAUUGAAUUCGGUGAAUGA